UAUAUACAUAUAAAUAUAAUGCUCAUUUUCUCUAUAGUUCUCUGCAAAUCUCAAGCAGAAGAAUAGACAUCUGCACUUGACACCUGUCGUCCUCUGCAGAAAGGCGGUAUCUCCCAUGACGCUUUGAGAUUCGAUCGUGACUUGCUUCCAACUCUCUCAUUGUCUUCUUCUUCCUUGUCCUCCUCUGCAAUGCUGCUCUGCAUAAGAGGGACACACCUCAGUUCUCUACUCUCAUGGCGUCUCUAACACCAGGCGUGUUAUCCAAGCUAAUACUAAAUGCCGGCAACAAGGAUGUGAAGGUGUUCGGAGAGCAUCGAUCGGCAUUGUUGCAGGUCAUUGAAAUCGUGCCCUCCCUCGCCGGAGGCGACGAUCUCUGGCAGAGCAGAGGCUUCUUCUUGAAGCUCUCUGAUUCUCUUCACUCCGCUUACGUUUCCGUUUCUGAUGAAGAUGUCGAUUUGAUCUCCACCGAUAAGAUCCAGCUCGGCCAGUUCGUCCACGUGGCUGGCCUCGACGCCGGAUCCCCUGUUCCCGUGCUUCGCGGGAUAAAGCCAAUUCCGAAGCGGAGGCCUUGUGUGGGUAAUCCCAAGGAUCUGGUGUCCAGUGACUUGUUGCCUAUUCGAUCCAGUGCUGUUCAUUUUUCAAGGACGACGAAGAAGGAUAAAUUGAAAACCAAGGCCAAAAGGUCGGUGCUUCAAGAUACUAAGUCGAGGCGAGCUUCGAUUGGGAAUGGGCCAACUUUGGAGUGUUUGGAGCUGAGGAGAUUGAGUUUGGACUCGGCGAGAAGGGCUUGGGAUCAGAGUCCCACGCCUAAGAAAACUACUCCACCGAAAUCAUCGCGUUUCAAAACCAAACAAAUUUCCACUUCUUCAAAUGUUAGUUCUGAUAAGAAGGCUUCUUUCAAGAUCGAUUCAUCAUCAAAGCGUUCAAGUGUGAGUAUUUCACCAUUGAAAAGCAAAAAUGAAAUAUCUUCACCAAAACUAGCUUGCAAGCCUUUGCAAAAGGAUUCGAAGUCAUCGGUUGGGGUUGCCAUUCCUAGUCGGGUUGGGGUUGCUAUUCCUAGUCGUGUUGUUAAAGUGCCCUUCAGGUUCAAAACUUGGUCAGACCAAAAUAUUUCAUGGGAUUCACUUCCUCCUAGAAUUCAUGAUUUAGGAAAGGAUGCUGCAUCUUAUAGAAAUGUUGCAUUUUUAGCUGCUGUAAAUGCACUGGAAGAAGCGUCAGCUGCAGAGGGUGUCAUUCAGUGCAUGAGCAUGUUUGCAGAACUGUGCGAGUCCUCACAGAAAGAUUCUGCCGGACCACUAGUGGAACAGUUUUUGAACCUCCAUCAGGAUAUGCAGAAAGCAGCAAUGUCAAUUAAUGCCUUGCUCAGCACAAGGCUUGCUGAAGUGGAGAGUAGCAGUUGUUGUAGCUCACAGCCUCCAUUGGCAGAAGCAUGUAAAAAUUUCAACAAUAAGAAUGCCAUAUCAUGGGUUCAAGCUGCUCUAGAGACAGAUCUUUCCAAAUUUUGUCUGUUCAGGAAGCAGGACAAUAGAGAAAUUCGGAGUGGUGAAAAAUGUCACUAUAUUGUCUUAGAAAAUUCUCCAGAAAUGAAGUCUGAGAACCAUUCACCUCAAAACAAACCAAGCCCCAGAAAUAAUGGAGGCUUAUCAGAUUCUAGUGCAAAAGGGUUGCCAAGCCCUUCAUGGCGGCGGUUCUCAGCCUCAAAGAGAAUGAGUGCCAAAAGGGAGGAAUGGUCUAAGGGGAGUGGAUUAAGGGAGACUGCAAAUUUGGCAAAAAAGCUUCUAUCUGUAUCUCGUGGGUGGUUCCUGAAGUAUUUGGAAGAUUCAUUGAAUAAGGGAUUUGGAUUGAAGAGGGAGGAGGGAGGUGCUGAAAUUGCAUGUCUGCUUGGGCAGCUUAAAAGGGUGAAUCAAUGGUUAGAUGGCUCAGUCGAGGAUGGAAUGGAGGUUGAUGAGAGGAUAGAGGGUUUGAGGAAGAAGUUAUAUGGCUUUUUACUGGAGCAUGUUGAUUCUGCAGUUGUUUCUGGCAAGUAGGUAGAUAUGGUAAAACAGAGAAAAUUAUAUUGGCAUAUAUUCUCUCCAUUACUGAUUAAUUUAAAGUUCUGAUACAUAUAUCAAGAUCCACGGUUAAGAGUUUACCAGGAUGUGUGUUUUUGGCUUGGAGUCCCAUCACAGGAUGCACAAUCAUCCCGUUUCACUUUUUCUACUGUUUCUCUAACUGUUACUAACUGAUGGAAAAAGAAAAUCAGAGAAAUAGCAUUGACAUGAACUUGUAGUUUCGGAUCAUUAAAGUGUAUAGUUUACUUGGUUCUGUUGUAGAUCAGUGUGAGAUUCCUUUCCAUUUAUUCUUUGCUUUACUUUUUUCCUGCUUAAAAAUGUUGGCAAAUUUGGAGCUAGAGUCUUGCGUAAUCCAAAACUGUCAUCUUAUUAUGUUCUGAAUGUAUGAUGAUUGCCUUUAUGGAUUAAA